UCCAUUGCCAUUACGGACCUCUCGAUCCCUUCAAAUCCCCCGUCUCUCUCUCGAUCGCCCACCAAACGAACCCAACCUUUACGAGUCUCUUCUCUCUCUCUGAAUUCCCUCGAUUACGGUAUCCGUCGAGAAACCUGCAAAAAGGAGAAAAAAAUGGCUCAGAAAACAGAGAAGGAAGAGACGGAGUUUAAGGUUCCAGAGACCAUACCUCUUUGCGUCAACAACUGCGGCGUCACGGGGAACCCAGCCACAAACAACAUGUGCCAGAAGUGCUUCAGCGCCACCACCACCCCAACAGCAAUGGCUACGACGUUGUCUUCAUCGUCUUCGUCUAACAAAUUGCCGCAGAGGAUUUAUAGAUCCAGCUCGUCGCGAUCGGCAGAGACGAUCAAGGACUUAAAAACGACGCCGUCUUCGUUGGAUCGACCGAGAUCGGAGGUAAAUCGGUGCUCUGGGUGCAGAAGGAAGGUCGGGUUGACCGGGUUCCGAUGCCGCUGCGGAGAGCUGUUCUGCGCCGAGCACCGGUACACUGACCGCCAUGUAUGCAGCUACGACUACAAGUCCGCCGGGCGCGAAGCCAUAGCUAGAGAGAAUCCCGUUGUCAGGGCAGCCAAAAUUGUCAGAGUCUGAUUAGUUUGUAGAAUUAAAAAAAAUCUUAAAAAUGAAAGUCAAUGAUUGGGAAUUUCAUAGAGACGGGGAAUCUCUAUCAACCUUAGAGAGAGAGAGAGGGAUUGCUGUAGUAGAAGAUCAAAUUCUCUCUGAUUGUUCGUGUUCUGGAUCAAUCUUCAAUGAUCUUAUUUAUUUUUUUA